AUGAUUGAUAAUUCACUUGAAUAAGUAGAUCCAAAUUAUACAAUUAAACUUAUUGAUGAUUCAAUUAAGUAAUCAAAUGAUUGUUUGGCAAUUUCUUUUAAUUUAUCUGGAUCCAUUAUGAUAUCUGCUUCUAAAUAAGAUAUUAAGGUAUGGGCUUUUGCUUAAGGAAAAUUAAAAGAAAUUACUACACUUAAAGGAGAUACUAAAAAUAUCUUUUGUUUAUUAUUUAGUCAGAAAAGCAAUAGUUUUGUAUCAGCUAGUAGUGAUUAUUCAAUUCGAUGUUGGAAAUAAAUAAAUGAAAAAGAUUGGAAGAAUUCUUAAUCCUAUUAAAAACAUACUAAUUACAUAUAAUGUUUAAUCUUAAAUUAAUCUGAAAAAGAACUUGUUUCUGGUGGAGCUGAUAAUUCAAUUAAAAUUUGGUAAAUUGAUUUUAAUAAGAAUGAAUUAACUUAUCUUUACUCAUUAGAAAAACAUACAAAUUCAGUUUUUAGUUUAUGUCUUAAUUAAUCAGAAAAUAUCUUGGUUUCUUGCGGAUAUGAUAAUUAAAUAAUAAUAUGGAAUAAAGAUAAUAAAUAGAAAUGGUAAUUUGAGUAUGUAGUUACAUAAACAAUUAAAGAAUAAGGACGCAGAUUGUGUUUUAUUAAUGAUAAUUAAUUUAUUUGGGUGACAGGGAAUUAAAUAGGCAAAGAUUGCAUUAGCAUGUUUGAAUUAAAAGAUGGAAAAUAUCAAGAAAAUUUAGAUAAACAAGUUAAAUUAAUUAAAAAUGAUUCAGAUUAUGAUUAUACCUUAUAUCCUAUCUUUUAUAACAAAGAAAAACGUUUAGUAAUUGUUAGAUACAAAUGCCAUGUCUAUUUAAUUAAAAUAUCAAAUAAUGGCUAAUUAUAAAUAAUUACAUCGAUAAAAUAUGAAUCAAAUUCUAUUUAAGGAGCAUUAAGUAAUGAUGGAAGAUAUCUAGUUAAUUGGAGUAAAUCUGGACAGAAAUAUGAUAUCUAUGAAAUAUUUAUCAAUUGA